UAAAAGACAUAUCUUUUUGAUAAGCUGAAAAAAAUAGCAUUAAACUAGGAAAACAUGAUAAAUAAAAUAAGCCCCUUUUUUUAUUUACUCAGUUCCACGAAAAAAUAAUUUCUUAAAUGAAGAAAAUCUCUAAAAACUAGACAACUACACCUAUAAGGCAACACAGAGAAAUCAGUGUAAAGAGAGAAAGCCAUCGAAAAAGGGAGAAAAAAAAGAAAAAGGACAGUAAACGCUAACUUUUGGCUUCACUUUAUUUGUAUUGCAGGCAAAUCUUCUCUGUUUUAUUGAGAAACUUCCUCUCCUCUUCUCUGAUGAACCCUAGUCAAGGAGCCAAGCAUAAUUUUCAUUCUUCUUAAUGUUUUUGAGGGCGGGUAUUUCUAUGCCUACCUUUUCCUGUCACCCUUUAGCAACAAGAUUUUAUUCUCUCUCUAGUCUUUAAAGAUUACCCUUGUUUCUCGUAUAUACAUUGUAGGCUCUCUCUCUCCUCUCUCUCUCUCUCCCUCGGUCUCUCUCGUUUUUACCUUUGCUUACGUAUAAUGGACGUUUGGCUUCCAUAGCAUCCAAUAUGCAAUCUUUAAGGGAUCUUUGGAGAAGGCAUAGGAGGAAUGUUUUGGUUACAGCAGGUAUUUUAGGAAGUGGAUAUUUUUUAUAUAAACUGUAUGAUGCUCACAAACGUAGGCUUACUGAUUUGGAAAGACAACUUGCAAUCGAGCGGGAAAAUGAUGAAUUCAUUAAAGCCCAAAUGCAAGUCCAUUUUGAGAACAUUCAAAGAAUAGCUGAUACAACAACAUUGCCUCAUGCAAUGCACUAUUUAAGUUGUCGGAUAGCUGAAGAUUUGGACCUUUCACAUCUUACUGAGAGACUGAUGAAAGGGAAGGGUCAGCCCAACAGUUUGUCUUCUGCAGAGAAACUUGAAUUAUGGGAUAUGCUUAAAAUUUUAAGUUUUACGAGAAUUGUGGUGUCAAUAUGGGCAGUAACAAUGCUUAGCUUAUAUAUUAGAGUUCAAGUCAACAUUCUAGGAAGACAUUUAUAUAUUGAUACUGCACAUGGUCUUGGAAGCCCUCAUUUACUUGAGGAUGCUGAUCUCAUUCAUAGGGAUGACCAGCAAAAUUUUCUGGCAAGUGCUGACUUUCUUGCCAAUUAUGGCUUGCCAAAAUUGAUAUCCAAUAUGCAGACAGCAGCUACAGAAGUUCUGAAGGCAAUGCAGUUGAGGGACUUCUUUAAUACUACAGUACUUCAUCAAACUAUCAUGCAGAUACUUGAUGUGUUCCUUAGCACGCAAAGUCCUCAUCUUUGGGUGGAAAGCUUGAUGCCUGAGGACCCAAAGUUGUACAAGCUUGCCACAAUGUCCAGCAGUGAUAAAACAAAUCGUCCUGAGGUUACACAAUUUGAUCAACUUAUGGUUGAGACACGAGAAGUGCUUUCAAGUGCCGAAUUUGGUAGUGUUGUUGAAAUAUCAUUAAAUGCAGUGGUAAACGCCCUAGUGGAGGAGAAGGGAUUUCAAUCCGGAGGAGGCAGUCUAACAUUGGGGAUGCCUCUAGCUAGGCUUUUGCCGCGAAUUGCACAAAUCUGUCCAUCUUUGGUUGAAGAACCAAGCAAAAACAAGUUUAUCCAAAUCAUACAAAGUGUUCCAGAAGUUGGGCUCUUCUUCACCCUCCUUUAUGCGAAUCUGUCAACCUCAUAGAGAGCAUGUUUGUACUUAUAUUUCACAUUUAAGUUUCACACAGAAGCACCAAUGUAAAGAUUCCAAAUGGGGCUAGGUUAGAGGUACAAAAUUCAAGUUGGGGAAGGAAUAAAACUGAAGGAUAGAGAUUAUUAUUGCAUUAGUUUGUAAUUCUUUCCGCAUUUUGUUAAGUUGGUAACUUGGUGAUUUCAAUAUGGUAAAAUCACCUAUUUCAUCCUUUGAUUGAAAUGAUGCUAAAACAAAGCCAGAGAUUGAGGCUUUUACGUUUAUCAUUUGUGGAAAAUCUUGGCGAGCCGUCGAAUCAGAAAUCAUCAAAGAUUAACUUGAUGCAUAUAUUUGAUUAUUGCUGGGUGAUGGAAUUGGAUGGCGCGACCAAGGAAUUGGAAGUUGGCAAAGAAGCUGAGAAUGAUCAGAGCCAGCUACAAACUUUUGGUAUUGGAGCGGGAGGUAUGAAUAGUGGUCAGUAUAUCAGGACCAGAAUGGGAAAAGUAAAUGAAGAUGUGCCGAAAGGAGAAACAGUUGAAGAAUAUAACAAAUUGUAACAAAGUCGUUAAAUGUGUUGCGGGAAUAUAGGGUCGUUGCAAUUUGGGAGAAAUGGAAAAAUGUGAGAGACUAUGUAUAUAAAUAAUACUGCAAUCACAUGAAAUUCAUGAAUGAGAAAUACUACUUCUUUUCCUAAACAUUC